AUGCCUUCUAAAACUAUUAAGAAAACCCUUCUGUUAGCUUCCUUAACUUCAGAAGGAACAGUUGGAAAAGUUUCAGUUCACUCGGAAGGUACGAUGGUAAACCCACAGUCAACAUCCGAUCAAUCAUCACAGACAGCUGUAAUUCAUGAAGAAGAAGCAAGAAGCUUUCAUCGUACUUUGAAUGGAAAAAUCUUUCAAAGAGAUAUUAGAGAUAUCUUUGCCAUGCUUAUAUUAGGACUUGAAUUAAAGGAAUCAAAGUCAAAAAAGUUCACUCUUUCCAAAUCAUAUCCGUUCUCCUUCACAAUCGAAGAUGCCUUAGAAAAGAUGAAGGAUCUUAAUAUAUCAAUAGAAUUAUCCAAAACAGUAGCCAGCUUUUCCUAUAAAUUUCCACCUGAUGUAGCUUUAACUUUAUUAGACCGGUUUUUCCUUGCAAAGCUUAUUCAUUGUCCUGCUGAUAGAACUCGAUCAACACCCAAGCCUCAUGUCUCUUUGCAGCCAACUCCAAAGGGACUUGCUUUGGUGCAAACUUUUUAUGACAGAAUUGCCCUGAAGGCUUCAGACCAUCCUGAAGUUUUGCAAAGUAAUUUGAAUACAAUGGAUUUAUUCCUUUUUGAUAGAGAUCUUCUGAAUGAUAGAAUUCUUUAUUCAAGAUAUUUCAUCCAUUUGCUUUUCGCAACCUUAAUGGGUCCAAAGCCAAAUAUUUGGACACCAAAUGCUGCUCCCGAUCCUAUUCCAGAACAAGGAGCAAAACCCUCAUCUCCAACUCUAUUUGCUUGUGGAUAUAAUGGAGAACAAGGAUUUAGCUUUCUGCAGUUCCAGAUUGAGAAAUCAGAGGGGAUGAAGCUGACUCAUAAGAAAGAUUCCAAAUUGGACGAACCUAGAAUAAGUCCUCUCUAUCAUAGAUACUUUACCAACCCAGAAUCAGGCUCACAUGUCCAAUAUUAUGUUUCAGAUGUCGGAGUAAGAUUAUGUAAGGAUAAAACUUUCACUUUCAAAGAGCCAAAUGUUACUUUUGAAUAUAGUGUGAGUGGAAAAGCGAUCCAUCAAUGGUUAAUGGAUUGUACUGAUAUUCUUAAUCCUUCAGAUGCUUGUCAGGUAGCUGGAUGUCUCAUAUCUACCGGUUUGAUCAAAAAUGUAAAUCCAUUAGGGAAACAAGGGUUCGUACCGGAAAGAGACCUGUUCUAUAGAUUGACUAAACUCGGCCGCAAAGUGUGUCAAUGGGAUAAAGAUCAAGCCAAAAAACGUAGCACUUCAGUGUCAGAAUUUUUGAAAAACCCAAAGAAAACAGUUAAAGAAAUUAAAUUGGGAGAUAUAUUGAAAGACCCAGGUACGAGACUUCAAUUUAGAAGACAUUUGAAUAAAGAAUAUUGUUUGGAGAAUUUAGAUGCUUAUUUACAAUUAACUGAAUUUGCAAAAGUUUAUGAAAGUGUUGAAAAUUUACAAAACCUCAGACUUAAGCCUAGUCAAGAAUCAAUUGUUAAACGGAUAGAUACCCAAUUAGAAACUUUAAGAAGUACUUGUUUAUCUACUGCUUAUCAGAUUUAUAUUACUUUCUUAAGUCCUGAAGCUCCAUUUAAUGUCAAUAUUGAUUAUAAACUACGUGCUGAGAUCGCUAAUCUAAUGACCUAUUCCAAAGCUUCAGAAGCUGAAGAGAGUCCAUUUGAUACUCCGGUACCCUCACCAACUGACGAAAAGGAUGUGCUGAAAGACAAUGAUGAUUGGCCAGUUCCAGCUAAAGAGGAAAAGACUGAGACAAGUAGUGCUGAAGAAACUCCAGAUAUUAAACAAACAUUGAAAGAUAUAUCACUGCUUUUUAAUCAAGUCAGUACCCACCUUUAUAGAUUAAUGGAAUCUGAUUCCAUACCCAAGUUCGCUUCUAGUUCACUAGUAGAUAACUUAGUAUACUAA